AUGCGCCCCCGACAUCGCCCCCGACAUGCAGCAGCAGCAGCAGCAGCAGAGGCCUUCGCUGUGGGGCCCCACACCCCCGCCUUUCUCUCCGUAGCCCUGGAGCCACAGGGGCCCCUCCGGGGGCCCCUCCGUGCUGCUGCGCAGCCCGCAGCAGCAGCAGCAGCAGCAGCAGCAGCUCUGUCGCCCGUGUCUGUCCACGCCCCCACAGCAGCAGCAGCAGCAGCAGCAGCAGAUUCUGCUGCUGCUGCUGCUGCUGAUGAGGAGGAAGAAGAAGCAGGAGAGGAGAGUUCGUCUUGGACGGUGACGCAGCAGCAGCUGCUGCAGCAGGUGGCAGCAGACACGGGCCUUUCAGCAGCAGCAGCAAAAAGGGUUUUGCAAUCUUUGCAGCAGCAAAUAACAAAGGCAACUUUUCCUUUCUUUGCUGCUGCGAAGCAUUUAAAAGCAGCAGUGCGGGACUCGCUGCCUCUAAACCCUAGCCCCCGCCGCGGGGCCCCGCAGCAGCAGCAGCAGCAGCAGCAGCAGCAGCAGCAGCAGCCGCUGCAGCAGCAGCAGGUGCAGCAGCAGCAAGUGCAGCAGCAGGUGCAGCAGCAGCAGAAGAAAAACAGCUCCAAGCUGUUCGGCUGGAUGCCCUGA